AUGGGCGAUAUUGAGAAGAUGAACGGUCAUGAACUAAGCGUGUUCUGUCCCGAAGGACGUAUCAAGGGUAUCGAAUGUGUCACAGUCGACGGUAAAGCGUCUUACAGCAAUGGGGAGGUGUUGUCCUGCUCCAUCAACAACGGACUUGAAUGUUUGAAUGACAACAACUUCCCAGUUCCGUGCAGUGACUACAAGAUUCGAUACUACUGUGACUGCGAAGUUUCUCCGUUCAUUUCAGUCCCACCAACACCAGGAAUAGCAAACCAUAACACGCCUGUUCCAGUAACCAAUUGCAUACCGGAGCAGUGUCUACCAAUGGUGAAGCCAGUAUUAAAAGAAGGGGAGGAGCUUCAGACAGUGAUAGACGCGAACGGGUGUUGCUUCCAGUACAUCGUCGUGUGUAAGCCAAACCUCUGUGCCCCGCCAAUUCUCAACUGCCCCGCCCCAAUGUCACUGGAACCAGUCACUGGAGAGUCUGAUUGCUGUCUUACACUGGACAGUCUUGGUCUGACGGCGUCUGUACCCACUGUGCAUGCCUCGAUAGAGAGGGCGUGGCCGACAUUGUGUGACGGUGCUACAGUGGAGACGUCAAAGAAAUGCUACAACAAACUGUGCAUCUUUGACGCGGAACUCGACAUGUUCAUCGUGUCAGAGACCCACGUGCAAUGUCCUGCCUAUGAACAGUUGGCCGAUUGCAAGGCGAACGAGGAAGUAUACGACGUCACAGGCUGUUGCAUGAAAUGUCUACCUGAACGUAACGUCACAAGCCUUACAUGCCAGACAUGCGCUCCACGGCUCGUUGCUGGAAACCCCAACGAUACGAUUGGCUACUUCGCGAUUAUGGACAACAUGGAAGUUUGCAAAAACGUUGAACCUAUUCCCGACCUGCUUGAAUGUUCCGGUUUCUGCAAUUCGCGCUCUUCCUAUAGUCACAUGAUGCAGGGAUUCACCGAUAGUUGCAAUUGUUGUCAAUCAACCGGAAGUGAGACAAGGAACGUGCAACUUACGUGCACGAAUGGGAGGAAAGUCACGAAGUCAUAUUCUGUGCCGAAAUCUUGUGGCUGCAGUGCAUGUGUUGGCGCGAAAUAA